AGAACCACCAUUCCUGUGCCGAGCUGUUACAUCUCCUCAGAGCUAACAGGGAGCUAGCAGCUCAGAGGGAGGAGGCACGGCCAAACCCAGCCUGUGUGUGUGUUUGUGUGUGUAUGUGUGUGUGCCUGUCGCAGACUAGCAGGCAGGGCCGCUGCUGCACACUGGUUUCACCAGACUUUUUCCUUUUAACCUUGCCUUGACACAGUGCUCAGGCAAGGCCUGCUUUUGCUUCUACUUCAGGAUAAAGCGGGAUCAGCGUGAGGGGAAACUGAACAAUCUUCUUUUCCCUUCUUCUUCACUGUCAAACCACCUCGUAGUAAGUGACAGCUCCCGAAGGACACGCAGACAGGAUGAUAGCGGCUCAGCUUCUGGCCUACUACUUCACCGAGUUGAAGGAUGAUCAACUCAAAAAGAUCGAUAAGUACCUGUACUCCAUGCGGUUCUCCGAUGAGACGCUUAAGGACAUCAUGAACAGGUUCCGCAGGGAAAUGGAGAAUGGGCUUGAACGUGACACCAACCCCACUGCCACCGUGAAGAUGCUGCCCACGUUCGUCAGGUCCAUUCCUGAUGGAUCAGAAAAGGGGGACUUCAUAGCUCUGGACCUUGGAGGGUCGAACUUUCGGAUCCUGCGUGUCAAAGUGACACAAGACAAGAAGCAACCAGUUCAGAUGGAGAGCCAGAUCUAUGAGACCCCUGAUGACAUUACCCAUGGGAGUGGGGCACAGCUCUUUGACCAUGUUGCAGAUUGCCUCGGUGACUUCAUGGAGAAACAAAAAAUCAAGGAUAAAAAACUUCCUGUGGGAUUCACGUUCUCUUUCCCAUGUGCCCAAACCAAACUAGAUGAGGCUGUCUUACUAACAUGGACAAAGAAGUUUAAAGCCAGUGGUGUAGAAGGCAUGGACGUUGUGAAGCUUCUAAACAAAGCUAUCAAGAAACGAGGGGACUACCAAGCAGACAUCAUGGCAGUGGUGAAUGACACCACUGGCACUAUGAUGACUUGUGGAUUUGACGAUCAGCGCUGUGAAGUGGGAAUCAUUAUAGGAACGGGAACAAAUGCCUGCUACAUGGAGGAACUGCGUCACAUUGACCUGGUGGAAGGAGAUGAAGGCCGGAUGUGCAUCAACACUGAAUGGGGUGCUUUUGGGGAUAAUGGGUCCCUAGAGGACAUCCGCACAGAGUUUGACCGUGAGAUUGACAGAGGAUCGAUCAACCCAGGAAAACAAUUGUUUGAAAAGAUGGCCAGUGGCAUGUACAUGGGAGAACUGGUACGUCUCAUCCUGGUCAAGAUGGCCAAAGAGGGGCUGCUGUUUGAGGGACGAAUAACCCCCGAGCUCCUGACGAGAGGAAAGAUUGAGACGAAACAUGUAUCUGCAAUUGAAAAGACUAAGGAAGGACUGAAGAAGUGCAUGGAAAUCCUGACAAGGCUUGGAGUGGAGCCCUCAGAUGAAGACUGUCUGGCUGUGCAGCACGUGUGCACCAUCGUAUCCUUCCGCUCAGCUAAUCUAAUAUCUGCAACUCUGGGAGCCAUUCUUUGUCGCCUAAAAGAGAAUAAAGGAGUUGUGCGGCUUCGUACCACUGUCGGCAUUGAUGGAUCCCUGUACAAGAUGCACCCUCAAUAUGCCCGUCGUCUGCACAAAACUGUGCGUCGCUUAGUCCCAGACUCAGAUGUCCGUUUCCUGCUGUCCGAAAGCGGGAGUGGGAAAGGAGCAGCCAUGGUGACAGCAGUGGCAUACCGUUUAACCGAGCAGGCGCGCCACAUUCAGCAGACUUUGGCAGAAUUCCGGUUGAGCAAAAAUCAGUUGUUAGAGGUAAAGAAAAGGAUGAAGGUGGAGAUUGAAAGAGGCCUGAAGAAGGACAGCCACAAGGACGCUACAGUCAAAAUGUUGCCCACCUUUGUUCGAAGCACACCGGACGGAACAGAAAAUGGUGAUUUCCUUGCUCUGGACCUUGGCGGAACGAACUUCCGCGUGCUUCUGGUCAAGAUUCGCAGUGGGAAAAGACGAUCAGUGGAGAUGCAUAACAAAAUCUAUGCCAUUCCCAUAGAAGUCAUGCAGGGCACAGGGGAAGAGCUUUUUGAUCACAUUGUGCACUGCAUCUCUGAUUUCCUGGACUACAUGGGAAUGAAAAGUGCUCGACUCCCACUGGGUUUCACUUUUUCGUUCCCCUGCCAUCAGACCAGCCUGGAUGCAGGCAUCCUUGUAACAUGGACCAAAGGCUUCAAGGCCACAGACUGUGAGGGUGAAGAUGUAGUGGAGCUUCUUCGGGAAGCAAUCAAAAGGAAAGAGAUGGAGAAUCCAGAGUUUGAGCUGGAUGUGGUAGCCAUAGUGAAUGACACAGUGGGGACGAUGAUGACCUGUGCAUAUGAGGAGCCCACAUGUGAGGUGGGACUGAUCGCAGGAACGGGCAGCAAUGCUUGUUAUAUGGAAGAAAUGAAGAACAUUGAGAUAGUGCCGGGUACCGAGGGUCGGAUGUGUGUCAAUAUGGAGUGGGGGGCAUUUGGAGACAAUGGCUGUCUGGAUGACAUCAGGACAACAUACGACCAGGCAGUGGAUGAGAACUCACUCAACGAAGGCAAACAAAGAUAUGAGAAGAUGUGCAGUGGAAUGUAUCUUGGUGAGAUUGUACGGCAGAUUUUGAUUGAUCUGACCAAGCGUGGCUUCCUGUUCCGGGGACAAAUCUCAGAGACACUUAAGACCAGGGGCAUCUUUGAGACAAAGUUUCUGUCACAGAUAGAAAGCGAUCGUCUGGCCUUGCUGCAGGUCAGAGCGAUCCUGCAGCAGCUGGGGCUCGACAGCACCUGUGAUGACAGUAUUAUCGUCAAGGAGGUGUGCGGCACAGUGUCCCGCCGAGCAGCUCAACUGUGCGGAGCUGGAAUGGCUGCAGUGGUGGACAAGAUCCGUGAGAACAGAAGACUGGACCACCUGGAUGUUACAGUGGGUGUGGAUGGCACACUCUACAAGCUGCACCCACAUUUUUCUCGGAUCUUCCAACAAACUGUGAAGGAACUCGCCCCCAAAUGUGAUGUCAACUUCCUGCUGUCUGAGGACGGCAGCGGUAAGGGAGCUGCCCUCAUCACUGCUGUGGGCUGCCGCCAGAGGGAGCUGGAUGCCCAGCAACACUGAGCAGCUCUGUCCCAAUUGUCCACAAGAACUACCUGCUGCUCCACCAUGACCUUCACGCACCGCACAGCCUACAUCCAUUUCCCCUUGGCAGCCGUGACUCCACCUGUGCCCAACUUGGUCCACCUACAGCCAGAGAGAUAUACUGCAUGCAGAGAAUUAAAACUCAGUAUCUAAAUAUUUAUUUAUACUGCACCAGAUGGUUUAUUAUUUCCGUGUUUGUACAUUUUCCUCAAUAGCUUGUCAAUAACCUGACAAAUCUAAACUCCCUUAGGUGUGCAAUAUUUGUGUACUACUAGUUUUAUUUUUAUAUGAAGCCAGAUAUAUAAUUGUAUUUAUAUAGCUCGGGCCAAUUUGAAUCCCAGAGGUCAUCAAGAUUUUUGCACCAUAGACACAAGUAAAUGUCUGCACUUUUUAUAUGAAAGUUACAGCAGCAACAUGUCAAUGUAACUUCCCAUAUGAAGGACCUUCUUGAAGCUGAAUGAAGCCGAUUGUUUUUACAGGCUCCUUUGGUUGAGAAAAACCAGUUCCAAAAGGGCUCGUUGCAAAGGUUUGAAUGCAAGAGUCACGGCUGUUAAAAUCUCCCUCAUUUUGUGUGCUACAUGCUCACACAACGUGUUUGUCUACUAACCCCUUUCUGUGUAACUGUCGAUGUAAUUCACAUAUUCAAAUAUUCCUGCAUCACCAUACCAUUAUUCCUCAAGAGUGGACAAGGUAGAAAAAUCCCCAGAGAAGUGUUAGCCCAUCCUAUUGCUAUUCGUAAACUAUUAAACUUUUGGUGUUGUGAUUUAUACCACUUCUACUCAUUGUAUGUGCAAACAAUAAAUGUUUAUUGGGCCCCAAGAAGAGUGGACAUAA